GGAGGGCGAGCUGCUCAGCCAAUGAGAGGAGCGCAGCGUAGAGUGAAGGGCGGGUGAGGAUUCGUAGCAUAGCUGACGGACUACCUACAUGGUUGUGCAAAUCUGAAGGCAUAUUAGUCUUUGGUAAAUCAGUACAAUUGAUCUUCAGACACCACAAGUAUCCAAAGAGUCCGGUAAAAGCAGCCAUCAUGACAGACCGGAAGGCCGUGAUCAAAAAUGCAGACAUGUCCGAGGACAUGCAGCAGGAUGCAGUGGAUUGUGCCACCCAGGCCAUGGAGAAAUAUAACAUAGAGAAAGACAUCGCAGCAUACAUCAAGAAGGAGUUUGAUAAGAAGUAUAACCCGACCUGGCACUGCAUCGUCGGGAGAAAUUUUGGCAGCUAUGUUACCCAUGAAACAAAGCAUUUUAUUUACUUCUACCUGGGCCAAGUGGCCAUCUUGCUCUUCAAGUCUGGGUGAUUGGUUGCGCUGAAGCAGUGAGUUCCUCUACGUGUAACUUUAGCAAGAAUGCACUGGUGGCCGAUGUCUCCCAUACACAAAUAAUGACAUACCAUAUUUGAUGCAAACCAGCCAUGCGCAUUGCAUGGACUUCACACUAUUUAAUAUGUAUGUUAAAGUAAGUUUACUUUUCACUAGUUGCCAUUUGAAUGCAACUGGGGUAGUUUUGUUAAUGUUAUUCAAUCUAGGUCUCACAAGAUUUCCCAAACGUCCCUUGAUUGUAUAAUGGCGGAAAGCUACAGAAUGCAAGUUCUUGUGUGGCAGAAGCCGCAACGCUGAGCCCCUUCAAUCGGGUCUGUGGCCUUCAUCUGCUGUUAAAACAAGAAAGAAAUCUAAUGGGUGUGCAUCAGUUGAACCUCAUCCUACAUGGCUUAUUGCCCAAUAUGUUAAAUUAAACUGUGAAGGACUGAAGAUGACGAUUGGCUCUUAUUGAUUCCAGUAGUUUCCACCCGAUCACACAUCCUCUCAGAGCCCGGCGGAAGACUACUGCUUUACCAUACACCGGAUCACCGACCAUGUAACUCCCAAUGUACAUUUAGUUCAUGUAGUGAAUUGGUAGAUCCGAAAGCAUCGUAACACUUUCAAAAAACGAAAGAUAGCUUUGAGGUCAGGUUUGUGUUUAACCUCCGUCUGAACACAAUUGUUGGGAGGACGCAAGUAAAUCCUUCACAUCAAAAUCACUGUCUGUCCUGUCCGACAAAACCAUGGCAAAACAAUAACCAACCGCCAAUCAAGCGAGCGCAAUGGUUUCUGGGUAGUUGACACUAGUGAUAUUAGUUUCCUUUGCUUUGAUAUGUACUGUGAACAAGUGGAAGGACCUAU